AGAAAAUUCGCACACGUAGACGUAGUGCAGAGGAUCCAACUCUCUGUUCAUGUCUCUUCGAUCCCACCAACGUUUGGCGGUGGUGGAGAGGGUUUAACUGGUUUAUCUACCUACCUCAUUUCAUUUUGUCCUAUUUCCGCUUUAUCCAAACACCAUUCCCAUUUUUAUGCCUUUUCGCUGUAUUUCUCGAAUCAGUUCAAUUCCUACCCUGAAGGUUCAGAAAAACGUAGCCUCCACGAAUGGCUUCGACACACCUGUAUUACCCUUCACUGACUCUUGCCCGUUUGCGAUAUCACAGUGGUCUGCGCUCUGUGAAUCCGGUCAAAGCAAAUUGCUACACAUCAGGUUUGAUCUCAAUUGGUCUCACUAGAAAAUUGUGCUUUAGUUUCAAGUGUGAUGGUAGAGCUAGAGCUGCACUGGUAUUUGGAGAGGGUGAUCCUAGACCCAAUAUAAAUGCAGGACAAAGAUUCUUUAUUAAUGAACGGGCAGACCCACUGACUGGGAUUGAGAGACAACCUGAUGCAAUAGCUUUUGGAACACAUGCAGCAGAAAUAACUCCACCUACUGGCUUUUCUAACUCUGACGAUGAAUUUGACUUGGAUCAUCCUACGGAAGGGUUCUCUUCCAUCAUGGAGGCCAUUGGAGACAUUCGCCAAGGCAAGAUGGUAAUUGUUGUAGAUGAUGAAGACAGAGAAAAUGAGGGGGAUUUAAUAAUGGCAGCAUCAUUGGUGACCCCGGAAGAUAUGGCCUUUAUUGUAAGGUAUGGAACUGGAAUAGUGUGCGUGAGCAUGAGAGGAGAAGACUUAGAGAGAUUGCAACUUCCAUUGAUGGUAUUGCAGAAGGAGAAUGAGGAGAAACUUUGUACGGCGUUCACAGUCUCAGUGGAUGCAAAGUAUGGUACAACAACAGGGGUCUCAGCUCGUGACAGGGCACAGACAAUAUUGGCUCUUGCAUCUAGAGAUUCAAAACCAGGGGAUUUUAACCGCCCAGGUCAUAUUUUUCCUCUGAAGUACAGGGAAGGAGGAGUCUUAAAAAGAGCUGGACAUACGGAAGCUUCUGUAGAUCUUGCUGUAUUGGCCGGCUUUGACCCUGUUGCAGUUCUAUGCGAGAUUGUGGAUGAUGAUGGUUCCAUGGCUAGAUUACCAAAGCUCCGUCAAUUUGCACAGGCGGAGAACUUGAAGAUAAUCUCUAUUGCUGAUUUGAUCAGGUAUAGAAGGAAAAGAGAUAAACUAGUAGAGAAAGCUUCUGCUGCACCAAUACCAACAAUGUGGGGUCCUUUCAAUGCAUACUGCUAUAAAUCUGUAUUGGAUGGGAUGGAGCAUAUUGCUAUGGUCAAAGGGGAAAUAGGAGAUGGCCAAGAUAUUCUUGUAAGGGUACAUUCGGAGUGCCUCACUGGUGACAUAUUUGGGUCAGCUAGAUGUGACUGUGGUAAUCAGCUGGCACUUGCAAUGCAGCAAAUUGAGGCCGCUGGCAGGGGUGUGUUGGUAUAUCUCCGUGGACACGAGGGAAGGGGAAUUGGUUUGGGUCACAAGCUUCGUGCUUACAACCUGCAAGAUGAUGGACGUGACACAGUUGAAGCCAAUGAGGAGCUGGGAUUACCUGUUGAUUCCCGAGAGUAUGGCAUUGGUGCACAGAUACUACGAGAUCUGGGCGUGUGUACAAUGAAGCUGAUGACCAACAACCCUGCAAAAUACAUCGGGCUCAAAGGUUAUGCUCUGGCAAUCUCCGGCAGGGUGCCACUGGUAACUCCAAUAACUAAGGAAAAUCGAAGAUAUUUAGAGACCAAACAUGCAAAAAUGGGGCAUGCAUAUGAUUUGAGUUCCAAUCCCAAUGGCCAUCUAAAUGUUAUGAUGAGUGAGAAUGGCAGAGCAAGCAACAACCAACCAACUGAUAUUGUCUGAGAGACAUGAACAGGUCUUUCUGGGACAUUGAUUGUGAAGUGUUAUUACUCUUAUUAUCUUGUAGAAGGGACAUAAUUUCUGAAGCAAGUUAUUCUUUCAUAUGUUGAAGAAAGAGAAUGUAUAACAAGCAGUUUCUUUCUUAAAGUGUAGAUGAACCUUCUGUUUGUAAAUUCAGCUCAUCUAGAUGUUGGAAGAUCCAGCAGGGUAAAAAAGGUGUAAGAUACUGAGAAUCAGCAUUUUCAUGUUGCAUGGUUAUUUUUUUUUUCAAAUAAUACUACGGCG